AUGUCCAGCGGUGGUUGCAGUAUCGAUAAGUCGAUGCGUACUUUGACCCGUGACGCAAUGGUGGGGGGCAGGCGGCGUCGCGUGUAUACAAGCGACGAGCUCAGACGUCUGGCAUUCGCCGGCAGGUGUUGCAGAGGCGAAGUGCAGCGCACGAGGAUUUCCGCAAGACGUUUCAGCCCAUUCUCCGGUUCUUUAUAUCUUGUCUUCACUGCUGCAGUAGAGAUGACUUAUUCUUACAGUUCUGUGUCUGCUGAAGAACAGAAACCUGUCAGCUACUCCUUCAGCAGGUUCUUUAAGAGGCAGUGUAAUAAGUUAAGAAGAGCAGCAUAUCCGGUUCCUUUACAAACUUCAAUUGCAGCUGUUGGAGUUUUCACAGGCCUCCACUAUUACAACUAUGGACCAGUGCCAAAGAUUGUGUCACAUAUUGCUGUAAAAAUCAGUGGAGUUCAGAAAGGCUGGCAAAUAUUGUGCAGUGAAGCUGCUGUAUGCACAGUACUGGGAGUGGGCUCUUGGUCAGUUCUUGUAUUAGCUCUGCGUUACACUCUCAAAGCCCUUUUCACAUAUAAAGGUUGGAUGUAUGAGGAAGGUGGUCGUGGUCGAAGUGUGUCAUUGGCUACCAAACUGUGGCUUCUCAGUGUUAAAGUGCUCACAUUUGCAACAAAGCCCUCACUGUAUAGUUAUCAAGGGGUUUUACCAAGGUUACCAGUGCCUCCCUUGAAUGAAACAAUAGAAAAGUAUCUCCAGAGUGUUCGGCCAAUUUAUGACAAUGAACGCUUUGAUAAAGUACAAAAUCUUGCAACAGAAUUUAAGAAUGGCAUUGGGAGGAAGUUCCAAAGAUAUCUAGUAUUUAAAUCAUGGACAUCUGACAAUUAUGUCACUGACUGGUGGCAAGAAUUUAUUUAUCUCCGUGGACGAUCACCCCUGGUUGUGAAUUCAAAUUAUUAUUGCAUAGACACAAUUUUGUUGAAUCAUACCAAUCUACAGUCAGCACGUGCAGCAACAGCAAUUCACAAUUUCCUUCAGUUUAGAAAACAGAUUGAUGAUGAAACACUGCAACCGAUAAUUAUACAAGGCCUAAUUCCUCUCUGUUCAUGGCAGUACAGUAGAAUUUUCAAUACAACUAGGAUUCCUGGUGAUGAAGCUGAUGUAACUAUGCAUUACAAAGACUCAGAUCAUAUUGUAGUUUAUCACAAGGGACGUUACUUCAAAGUUAUUGUUUGUUAUCAUGGCAGAAUUUUAAAAUCAUGUGAAAUAGAACAGCAGCUAAUGCAGAUACUGAAUGACCAAUCAUCACCAUCUGCUGGUGAAGAGAAACUUGCAGCAUUGACUGCAGGAGACCGCACUCAUUGGUCAAAAACCAGGAAGAGGUAUUUUUCUGAUGGUGUGAACAAAUGCUCCUUAGAUACAAUAGAAAAAGCAGCAUUUGUUGUCUCCCUAGAUGAAGAGCCUCUUGAAUAUGAUAAGGAAGAUCCCAGCAAACUUGACAAGUUUGCUUGCAGUCUACUUCAUGGCAAAGGCUAUGACCGUUGGUUUGACAAAUCAAUUACUCUUUGUGUUGGGAGUAACGGACAUAUGGGCUUUAAUGCUGAACACAGUGGAGCUGAUGGAGCUGUCAUGGCCCAUACUUGGGAAUAUGUUUUACAAGAUGAGUUGAUACCAGAUCACCAAUGUUAUACUGCUGAUGGGCAUGCUUAUGGUACUCCAGAAGUGACACCUCCAGCACCAAUUAGGCUGCAAUGGGAUUUGAAACCAGAUUGUAUUGAGGCCAUUGACACCUCAUAUAAAGUUGUCAGUGAACUUAUCAGUGACCUGGAUAUGCAUCUUCUUGUGCAUGAUGCAUAUGGAAAAGGUUUUAUAAAGGAAUGCCGUCUCAGCCCUGAUGCAUUUAUUCAAAUGGCCAUCCAAUUGGCUUAUUACAGGGACAUUGGGAAAUUUACUCUUACGUAUGAAGCAUCAAUGACACGGCUGUACCUGAAGGGUCGAACUGAGACUGUUCGCUCAUGCACAACUGAGUCAGUAGAAUGGGUGAAAUCAAUGAUGAAUCCUAAUUCCUCUGUUGAGGAGCAGGUAUCAAAGCUGCAGAGAGCAUGUACUGUCCACACUAAAGGUUUUAAAGAUUCCAUGUGUGGAAAGGGCAUAGAUCGUCAUUUAUUUUGCCUUUAUGUCUUAUCCAAGUAUUUUCAAACUGACUCACCAUUUCUGAAUGAAGCACUUGGAGAACCAUGGCGUCUUUCAACAUCGCAAACACCUCACACCCAGAUAGCAAAAGUUGAUCCAAGGAAAAAUCCAAAGGCUAUCACACCAGCUGGUGGAUUUGGUCCAACUCAUAAAGAUGGAUAUGGAGUCUCAUAUAUUAUUGCUGGAGAAGACGUAAUAUUUUUCCACAUUUCCAGCAAUCACAGCUCUUCCCAGACAGAUUCUAAAAGGUUUGCUGCAGCAAUUCAGACAUCAAUGAAUGACAUGAAAAACUUAUUCCUAGAGUGGAAAGAAAGAGAGAAAAGGGUUGAUCCAAAAGCAGUUAAUCCUGAAUGAAGUUGUGCCUCAGUUUAUAUCAUCACAUGUAAUAUUGUUCAAUCCAGGAUAUUCCUUUAAAACAAAUGCCAUCUGUAGUUUAUCAGUGUCCAUGUGCUCAACAUCUGUCUGUUUUUAUAUACAGUGGUUUCUGUUUGAUAAAUCAACAGUAGCAACAUGGAAAAGUAAAUGGACAAAUUUCAGCUCUUCAUUAUGGAUAUUACUUAUAAAAGAAGACUGAAUUUUUGAAAGGUUUGAAGUUGAUAAAUCAGCUUUAUUACAGUAUUUCCAGUGCAUAAUAUUAUUUGUGUAUGUUUAAAGUUAUUAUCACUGUGUGGCAAUGAAUUAAAUUAAGAAACAGUGCCAGAAAAUUAUAAUGUGUUCAUAGCCAAGAUGGCUUGAAGGUCAUUGUUUGUAGUAAACAGUACAUGUGGAGAGUGCAUAGUAAUGUAUGUGUUAGUUGUCUGCACUGCGAAUGGAACAUUAGAGUUGCUAGCAUUUGGCUUUGGGUGAAUAUUAAUGUGAUUCAAAAGGAAGAUACCUUAGUUUAAUUAUAUUUGUAUGUAUCAUUAUAAAGUUUCAUGUAAGAAAGUAAUUGUUGAUGUUGUUUGUCUUUUGUAAGUGUGAUGUAUACACAGUGACCACAUUUUUUAAGACUGAAGUGUAACACAUCUACACUGGCUUUAGUUUGUAAUAUAAGAAAACUAAACUGACCAAAGACUUUCUUAAAAAAAAGUUUUAUUUUACCCAUAUUGUUCGUUGUUAAACCAAACAGAUAUCUUAUCAUUUCAUGCCUCAGAAAGAAGUUUGUUAUACAUAAUAAAAUGUUGCAAUUUUA